GUGAGUGUGUGUUUCGGUGAUUACAAAGUUAUCGUCUGUCUUUUUCGUGACAGAAUGGUGUGACAAUUGUGGAAAUUUUGUUCCGUUUGAUUUAUUAGUGCACAGUAUAUUAUGUGGUCUAAUUCGACAACCCAGUUAAAUAAUGUGUAGCGACGAUGGGUCGUUUUCGGACAAGUGUUUUUGGUGUUUGUUAUUGUGUUUUGGUUAUGUUCACUUUUGGGAUUAUUUGUUCUGUUGCUGAUCAAGGUGGCUGCGGAGGCAUUAGGGGUUGCCUGAAGUGCGACACCCGCAACUCCAGCGACGUCAAGUGCCUCAAGUGCCGCCAGAUGAUCAUCCUGGGGACCAGAGAGUGCGUGGAGUCUUGUCCCCCGGGCUACUCGCAGGAGUGGAGCACGCUGGUCGACUACAUGGGCCGAGUCUGUAGAGAAAGCCUGUUUUUGGGUGGAGUAGCAUUGUCAGGUCAAUCACUAGCAGUGGCAGUAGGCUGUGUGGCGGGGGCAGUGAUCUGUCUGGGCCUAGUAGCAGCGGCGGGGCUGUGUGUCAAGUAUAGGAGAUACAGAGCACUGCGAGACAAGGCACGGCAGAGCCCCAGCCUGGGACAUCUGACAGGAACACAACGUAGCCAAGACAGUGAUGACAGUGAGCGGCCAGAGUUCCUGAAGCAUCUGUCGUCACUGCGGAGUGAAGCUCCAGUGUUCCUAGCGAUGCUCAAUGAGACGAGGAGACAAGUGCGAGAACUGCGGAGGCCGAACCGCAAUGACUCCACUAUCCAGGCGUAUAAGCCUGUCCUCAAGGACCUGUCCAGGAUCCUGAUCCUUCUGAACCGUCGGGAGGAGAGACUUGGUCCUCCGCCCCCGGACUGGGAGACUCUGUUGGCGUGGGGGGAGAGGGUCCUGAGGAGGUACAAGAAACACAACCCUAACCAGGUGGCGCAGCUGGUUAACUUUCUCAAAGUGCCUGUGCAGACGCACCCCUCACCCCCCUCCCCCUACCCCUCUACGCUUACAACGUUUACUCCUUCUCACAAGUCUCGUCCCCUCCCUCCCACAACGGACUCUAGCUCCGCCCCCUCCACUCAACCUUCCCCCUCCAUGCAGCAGCUUGCCAUCAACGCCUUCGAUGACAAGUAUAGCGACACCAGAGAAGACAGGUCUCCUGCUGCCGCAUUCCACCACAACUCCCUCAUAGACUCAGGAGUUGACUUCAACCCCUCGUGGGAGUUCCCUCCCAGCAACUACACAAUCCUGGCCGAGUGGACGGCCUCAGAGGAGCCCACCAGCAUCACUAGCUACGACGACGACUUCUUCCAACUCGGCUUCCGGCCACAGGACGAGAUCACAACUGAGUUAUGAUUCCAAGCUGCUCUUGCUCUAGUCUCAAUAUGGGUUUGUCCUUGAAGGAUGUUUUCCAGUUAAGGUAUUUUUAACAUAUAUGGUUCAGUUGAGUAUUUGAGGAAACAAAUUUUAGCGGAAAAAUGUGGUUUCUUCACGUGUGUGUGUCACUCGGUCAUGCUACUAGAAUCGUAUACAUGCAUAUCCUUAUGUCAUAGGUAAUAAGGCUUGAUUCCACUGGACCUCAAUGUGUCCAUUGUUAGACAUUUUUUAAAUCUGAAAUUUGUUGACAGCAAAUAUUUGUUCAAUGGUUUUCUUAGCAUAUAUUCUUAUUAUUCUGUACUUCUGUAAAAAAAAAACAUAAGUGCUGAUUUUUCUCAACGUUUGUUUAGGUACCCAAAAAAGUUCUAUUUAACAUUCCUAAAGUAGUAAUUGGUCAGUUGGUGGCUCAGUCGGUAGCUCCACGGACUUCAGGCCCAAGGCAGUGAUGUCGUGGGUUCAGAUCCUGGUACCUGCCACUACUUUUUAUCAGUACAGUUCGUCCUUGUACUGAAUCGGCUCGAUCCUUGCUUUUCUGCAUAUGCUCUACAAUCUGACCUCUCUGGCCCAUGUGGACGGGCAAAUGCAAGGUGAAAGAGGCUGUAAACCUCUCUAAAAAUGUUUUUUCUACAAAUCAUAAACGUUAUGCAGAUUUUUUAAAUGUUAUAAACUACCCAUAAAUAUGUGUCCUAUUUUGUUUUUAAAAAAUUACUGCUUUGUAAUAUCCCUUAAAAAAAUACCUUUUUUAACUUGGGAAAAAUAAAUAAAGCCUUUGUACCGGCACAUUUUUGCAUUAGAAUCAAGAGUAACACCACCUCUCCCUAAGGAAACUCAUGCCCACAACAAAUACCUACCAUAUUUUUCAUAAUUUCAGCAUUAGAUGAUUUUAAUGAAU